AUGAAUAGCCUAGAAUGGAAGGAAUUAGGUAUCACAUCCUAUAACGAUAUAACUGCAACACAAAUGCAAGAUAUUUACCAACGAAUUCGUCUAGAGCAAUUAGAACAAGAUAUUGAAGAAGAAAUACAAGAAAAUUUAGAAAAGGAAAGUGUGUUAGAGUUAGAAUUAAAGCAAAUUGAAUCUGAUGAAAACGCUGAGAGAGAGAAAAAUCAACCUAGUAAUGGCACUAAGGAAGCAGUUAAUGAUAAAAAAAGCAAUUCAGAGAGUGAAAACAUGGUUAGGGAACUAGAAUCUAUAAUUAAGGAAGAAGAACUUAAAAGAAAAGAGGCACAAGAGGCACAAGAGGUAGCAAGAAUCGCUGAAGCAAAGAAGAAAGCAGAAGAAGAGGCCGACAGAAUUGUUGAAGAGCAAAGGAAAGAAAGAGAAGAAGCGGAAAGAAUUGCUGAAGAGCAACGGAAAGAAAGAGAAGAAGCAGAAAGAAUUGCUGAAGAGCAACGGAAAGAAAGAGAAGAAGCAGAAAGGAUUGCUGAAGAGCAACGGAAAGAAAGAGAAGAAAUAGAAAGAAUUGCUGAAAAGCAAAAGAAAGAAAGAGAAGAAGCAGAAAGAAUUGCUGAGGAACAAAGAAAGCAAGAAGAAGCUGCAAGUAUUGCUGAUGAAAAGAGGAAAGCAGAAGAAGAAGCGGCCCAGAAGCAACUUGAAGAGGAAAUGUAUAAUGCUGAAGAGCAACAGAAAAAUGAAUCCCUAAAUAGCAUGGAAACACUAGAUACUGAGGAAAUGAACAAGUUAGCCGAGAUAGCAGCAAAUGCAGAAGCAGAUGCCAAAAGAGAAGCUGAAAUUGCUGCCGAAGCUGCACUAAAAGCCGAUAGCGAAGAUGCUAAAAAAGCAGCUUUGGAGGCUGAAAGAAUUGCUCUAGAGAAAGCUAGGAAAAUAGCUGAAGAAAGAUUAACGAGUCAACUCAAGUCUGCCAUGAAAUCGAAUGAUAUCGACCGAUUGAGAACUACUUUAAAAGAAUUUAAAAAGGCGAAGAUUGAAAAUAGCUCCGAAUUGAUACAAAAAGCUGAGUCUACGUUAAAAAUGUGGCUGCUUCGUAACGAGCUAAAUUUGGCGGUACAUGAAAGGCAGAUCCCUAAAUUGGAGACGGCGAUUGAAAAGUAUAAGAAAUCAACCUUUACUGCCGACUUGCAAACUGAAUAUAAUCAAGCCAAUGAUUUGUUAGGAAGAUUAAAAAGAUUGGAUAAGAUGAGACAUGAAAUUUUGAGUUUAAAACAGAGUACCGUUGCUGAAAUUCGUAGUUAUCAAAAACCGCAUGUCGAUAUCCAUAAUAUCAUGAUUGCUACCUAUAUCCUACUUGGUUACAAAGAGAAACGGUUGCAAGAUUGGAAAAAUUUGCAAGCGUUAAUCGGUAAAACUGGAAAAGAAGGCCUCAAAAGGCAAACAACUACAAUUGAUCCCGUUACCAUCUCUGAACAAAAUGCUGAUCGAGGAUAUCAGUUAUUAAAGCCUCUAGAUAUUGAGAAAGUUCGCGACUUAAGCUCCGGAGCUGCGACAUUUUACGUUUGGAGUAUGAAUAUGAUCGAAGAAGUCAAUAGUAUCCAUAGUGCGGGAAAAUAG